AUGGAUUUGAUCAGUGCUUUAAGCAACGAGAUGGGAGCGACAGCAACUCAGGGCUACAUUCAGAUUACUCUUAUCUGGGUGGUAUAUGCCGUUGCUAUAGCUCUCCUGCUCGCCAUCUCUGUGGCCUUUGUCUACCUAUACCAGACACAUCGCGACCGAUCCGUUUUCGUCACUAUCAUCUGCAUCAUCACUAUCACCACUUUGCUGGCUACGGUCCUGCUUCUGCCCGUCGAUGUCGCACUUGUGUCCAGCACCACCAGCUCUAAACGUGGUCAACGCAAAGACUGGGCUACACAGGAGAAAGUCGACAACAUUGUCAAAACCCUAGAGAUCGUCUACUAUGUCCUCUACUCCCUCGAUGCCCUUCUCUGCCUGUUGGUAGUGCCCUUUACAUAUUUCUGGUACGAAGAAUACGAUGAGGUUGCUGCUGAAGAAGGACGUCAGACAUUUGGCAAGAGGUUCUGGUCUGCUGCAAGAUUUACACUGAUCUUCCUCGUCAUCUGCAUCGCUAUCUUCUUGGUCGGCUUCUUCAUUCCUGUCACAAAGAACAGAGAGGGCGCUCAUUUCGACUUGGACUUCUUCAAGAACCUGCUAUCAGAGAACCAUGGCGAACGAGCCCUCACUUUUGCUCUCGGCUUGCUUAUCACCGUUGGUGUCGUUCUAUACUGCUUCUACACUGCCUCAGGUCUGGCGCUCCUGCCUAUCACCAUGAUCAAGUCUGCUCCAUCCAUAUCUGCUCCUGCUUUGACUGCCUCGACCGAUGCUCAACUCGAGUCGAAUCGUGAACGACAACGACAGCUCGAAGGUAGAGCUCAGGGCAGUCCAGACGGCUUGUCCUCGAAAGACCAGAGGGAAUUAGAUGCCCUGGUCAGAGAAGAAAGAACUCUCAAAAGACGCCAGCGUCUGGCCCAGGAAGCUUCGGGCGAAGGCCAAAACUUCUUCUACAGAGCCUGGAUCAAGCUGGAGGCUGUCCUGCGACCUAUCAAACUGAUUCUGGGAGUCCUUCUGGUCGGGGUCGUGCUUGUCAUCUUUGCCAGCAUGCUCAUCACUGGCAUUGACAAGGCCAAAAACUCAAUCUGCAAGCACCAGUGUGGUUACUUAUUGGGCCACAUCAAUAUCUUCCAGCCGGUCAAUUGGGUCCUCGUUAAGGCCGCAAAGGUCUUCCCAAUCGACUAUGUCAUCUUCCUGCUGAUCACUAUGCUCUUCUUUUGUGCCAGUGUUAUCGGCAUUGCUACCAUUGGCAUUCGAUUACUCUGGAUUACCAUCUUCAGAAUUAAGAAAGCUCAGACCUCUCCUCAAGCGCUCUUGAUGGCAACUGUUUUGCUGGUUCUUAUGACUCUUGCCAUCAACUACGCAAUAGCAUUCAUGGUUGCGCCUCAAUAUGCUUCUUUCGGUCCUCAGACCUUCUGCGAUCUUCCGCCUAGACAUCCUGGCGAGCAACCAGAUUGCAGCCAUGAUAACAGCAAGAUAAUUGCAUGCACCGAGAUUGCCAAGAACGAAGUUGCGAGAAGUAUCUGCACGCCCUCUGUCGCCAGCACCUUCCUCAACCGUAUCAUGGUCAACUUCCCCUUCUUUGGCGUUUUCGAUUUCUGGGCUCAAUUUGCUUUCCUCGGUGUCUUCCUGGUUGCCUUUAUUCUGCUUCUCUUCAGGACACCUAAGCUUGCAGAGGACAGUGACUCCGAUAUCAUUGAAGAGGAGGAAGAGGGCCUGAUCGCUAGCACCGGCCGCAGGAUGGGCGCAACAUGGGAAGACAUCACUGGCAGAGCUUCAAAUACACAACCACAGAGAAGCCACUAG